AUGUCGUCGACUUCUUUCACCGACCUCCUUUCCUCUUCCGGCGUUGACUGCUACGAAAAAGACGAAGACUUUAGACUUUCCGGGUCCGUUUCGCUGUAUCAGAACGGUGGGUUUUACCAGGAGAGAACCGGGUCGGGUUUACCCAAGUUCAAGACGGCGCAGCCACCUCCUCUUCCGAUUUCUCAAUCUUCUCAUCAUUUCGCCUUCUCCGAUUUGCUUGAGUCUCCUCUUCUUCUCAGCUCCUCACACACUUUGAUAUCUCCGACGACAGGAGCGUUUCCGUUCCAAGGCUUCAAUGGCUCAGAUCUUCCCUGGCAGCUACAGCCGCAAUCGCAGUUGCAAUCACAACCUUCAAACGCUUCUUCUGCUUUGCAAGAAAGAUAUGGUGUUCAAGAUCUCCACAAGAAGCAAGAUCUGAUUGCAACACAAAGUUUUGGAUCAGAUCGGCAGAUGAAGGUGCCAUCAUACAUGGUGAGCAGGAACUCUAACGAUGGUUACGGUUGGAGAAAAUACGGACAGAAACAAGUGAAGAAGAGCGAGAACCCGAGGAGUUACUUCAAGUGUACAUACCCAAACUGUGUUUCCAAGAAGAUAGUUGAGUCUGCUUCUGAUGGACAAAUCACUGAGAUCAUCUAUAAAGGAGGUCAUAACCAUCCUAAGCCGGAGUACACCAAGAGACCAUCAGUAUCAGUUUCAUCCUCAUCUAAUGCGAGACGAAUGUUUAAUCCUUCUUCUGUUGUUAGUGAGACACAUGAUCAAUCAGAGAACUCUUCGAUCUCGUUUGAUUACAGUGAUCUUGAGCAGAAAAGCUUGAAAUCUGAGUAUGGUGAGGUAGAUGAAGAGGAGGAACAACCUGGAAUUAAGAGACUGAAAAGAGAAGGUGAGGAUGAAGGAAUGUCUGUUGAAAUAAGCAGAGGAGUGAAAGAGCCAAGAGUUGUUGUUCAGACGAUAAGUGACAUUGAUGUUCUUAUAGAUGGGUUUAGAUGGAGGAAGUAUGGUCAGAAAGUUGUCAAGGGAAAUACUAAUCCAAGGAGCUACUACAAAUGCACAUACCAAGGUUGUGGAGUGAGGAAGCAAGUGGAAAGAUCUGCAGAAGACGAGAGAGCGGUUCUCACUACCUAUGAAGGAAGACACAAUCAUGAUAUCCCAACCGCGCUACGUCGCUCAUGA